AUGGGCGACGUCAAAGUGACGUUUGCAUUUGUCACGUCCAGGGCCAUCAACUGCUGUGAGGCCGCACAGUGUAAUGACAAGUCGACAGCCGAUUUGUCGGAGACCCUUUCAGGGGCGCCGCAGAAUGAUUUACGCGCUGCUAUAAUCAAGGUUCUGGACUACGAUGUUGGGUGUUCCCGUGUUUUCUGCAUGACGUACCCCUACGGCACUAGAAUGCGAUCUGUUUUCGAGUCAGUUGCAGAUGCCAUGUCAGCAAGUGCGAGUGAGAUGGUUUGCUUCGCUCCCCCUCCCAUGGCCGCCGAUCGCGUUUUGCGUCUGUGUGCCAUGAGAGUUUUAGAGCCCGGUGACGACGUUCCGGAUGUGGUCUUCUGCCAAAAAGCCGCAUCACCUCGUCGAGCUGCAGUGGCCCUAUCGAGCUGGCUGCUUGUUAAUGUUCUUCUCUGCGGAAACGAUGGUGUCCUGUCGGUGGGUCACCUGCCCUGCGUGGUGCAGGUGCCUGGUGUCUCCAUCACAAAAGACGGUAUCUGUAGCAGCUUGUGUGCCUUGCUGAGAAUGGGUGUAGAAUGCGAGCGGCACCUGCGAAGCUGUGUACUGUUCUGCUGCACUGCGGAGGGAAAGAGCAUCGUCUUGCGCGAUCCGUUUCACGACGGCGGGUGCCCAAGUCAGGUUGCCAUUAUAUACGGUGCUGUCGACGUUGGGGACGUCGUGCUUGUGUCCGAGGCGUUGCCCUCCUCAGCCGUCGAAGCGAGGCCAUCGGUUUUGCAGGCCGUCGUCGUGAGGCGGUUUGCAGAGGAUGGAGUGACACUGUAUGAUGUGAAGGAGGUGGACACUGCUGUCCUCUUGGAGAGACUUACGUGCACACAACUGGUGCCUCUGUAA